AUGACGGAAAGUAGCGCUGUAGCCAUGGUUUCUGCAAAAGGUUUAAUAGACAAGUCAAAAGAACUCCAAAAGGAGAUUCUUAUGGAAAAACUGAGAUCCAAAACAUCACAGUUCAAAAACUUAACAGAGACUUCCAAAGGUGUUCGAAUGGCUUUGCUGGACAAAAGAUGGGGAAUAGACAGUGCUGAUCGUAUGAUACUACAAAAGUGCCUUGAUAGUCUACAACAUUGCAUCAAAAUAAGCUCCUUGCAGAGUCUCAUUGAAAGGCUUGAAUGUUUAUCCAGGCAACUUGGGCUUAAAUUUGUGGUAGGAACUUCAGGAGUCAAUUUAUUCAUCUCAUCAGAUAUGUUUUAUUUGGAGAUUUUAGUUGAGUCUUCGGGUUCUGUUAAAGAUGUCAAAAUUCAUCAUGAAGGGAAAAUUGAGCAACAGAGUUGUGAAGAACUAGUUUCUUGUAUAUCACGUGGGGACUUUGCUGACUUUACAGCGCAACUAGAAGGCCUCACAGCUGUUUAUCAACUAAAUGCUGAAAAAAAGGUUAAGUGCAAAGCAUUUAGUGCCUUACAAAGUUUGGAAGAAGAUUUAUGUACAUUGAGACAACUUCAAAGUUUUAUCAAAGAUCCAUGGGCACAAGUUCACAAAAGCCCAAUUGGUUUCUUACAGAAAAGAAGAGGAGGUCAUGCGAUGCGUCUUACUUAUUUCGUAUCACCUUACGAGCUGCUAGAUAAAGAUAAGGGCUUACAACCUUUAACAACAGAGCUGCUUAUGACAGGCAAACCUUCAGCAUCCAGUGGCCUUGCAUCACUAGUUGCACCAUCUCAUACGCCUAUCGGACAUUCUGCAACAGUUCUUCUAGAAGGUUCUAUUCCUAAUAAACUCCAGUUGUCACCUAUUUUAUCUGGAGGACCUAGGUCUGGAAAAAGUAACGGGCCUGUAUAUGCUCAACUGGUGCCGCAGAACAGUGCCAUGUUACCCGCUUGCUUCACAUUGAAACUAUCCGCUCCAACUCCUCUGUGUGCUGGACUUGCCAAACAUAUUCAUGCCACUACUGAAGUUGAAGUAGCUGGUGAUUGGGGAAACGCGAAGCCCAUGUUGGGUUUAGUAGCUCAACAAGCAUACAGCAAACUAUCGCCAGGAAAAAGUAUUGAAUUAAAUCUCAGCAAAGGGCUUUUCGUGAACCUACCCGAUCAAACGCAAUGCUAUUUCCUGUGCGAGGCGCGUGGGCUAGAGGGCUGCGUGGUGACAAGUGUACCCUUCACGCAUCCCUCGCACGUGCCGCCACUGCUGGCAUGCCUGAGACAACAGGCGCUCUUCAACACGCUCAUCACCAGCUGUAUCAGAACGCAGUCCAGUAAAGGCGCAGAUAUAGAGAACGCGCUGAUGUUCGAGGUGAGCGCGCUGUCGUGGCAGCACAUCUGCGUGUCGCUGGAGCACCCUCUCGACGAGAGCAUGGCCACGGUGGAGCUGGAGCUGGGCGACCCCGCCGCGCCCCGCGCCACGCUCUACACGCUGCACGCGCCGCCCAAGGACCACGUCGACGAGUACAUCACCAGGGUGCUACAGAAGACGCACUCCAUACCCAUCACGCUUAGGUCCCUUAUAAAAAUCUGGGAGCGUGAAGCAGCCAGUAAGCAAUUAAACGGUGGCUACUCUGCUCUGGACCCAAAUUUUAGCUGUGGCCUUGGGGGGCUCGAUCCAGGUGGUGACCAUGUGAAACACGAACCCGGUUCUAUGCACUCCUCGCGAGCCAUGUACCCUUCUAAUGUCAAUCAUCCGCAUCAGGGAGGAACUUAUCUCUCCGAGCAACAACACCAUCUGUCAGUGAUGUGUCAGGAUUCAGGGGCUACAGACAUCAAACCCCAGUUAGAGGAUCGAAAACCUAAGAAAAGAAAAUCUGAAGAAAUGUGGUCCUCUAGCCAAAAGAAAGGCAAAGGGAUCACCGAAAUGAUGGACUCGGAUAGCGAGAGUGACAACUCAGAUGGAUAUGUGAAUGAGGAUGAAAACACAGUAAACAGUAACUCGACGAAUGAGGACAUAGAAGGUCGCGAGUCUUCGGUGUCACAGAAUGAGUUCGCGUCCGACAUGGAACUGUCUGGGAUGGAUGCCACCGACGCGCUCGCGCAAGACAACAGAAACUCUUCGGAUAUGGAUAAUUCGAACGAUGGAGAUGUCGAUGAAAUAAUCAGGAAUUCUUUUCACAAGUCUGAUCACAAAAGGCAAAAACUUAAAAACAAAGAUUCUGAACUGCGAUCCAGCAGAAGCUCGUCGUCCCUCCUUCUGGACUUGACUGAAGGUAAAUCUUACAUGCCAUCCUCAGUUAGUAUUACUCCAAUAGGAUCCAGUACAUCAAACACACCAAAUGCUAGUUCAGGCUCGAGCAUAACAUCAAUGCUGUGUUUAGACCGGCGUCCAGGUAUUGAAAUUAUCCCAAUAACUGCAGCUACGCCAGCUGCACUACCUAGUUCCAUAACUAUAACACCGAUUACAACAUCGCAGAUGAAAAACCUUGACGAUCGGAUAAGAUCUGAAAAGAAAUCCAGCAGAUCCGGUGAGGAACGCAGCAAAGAAAAGAAAAAGAAGCGCAGAAGGGAUGAUCCUAUGGGGCCGCCUGAAAAAGUACCCCCAAAACAAGAUCCGCUCACUAAACCUGUAUCAGUCAGCAUAAAACCUACAGACGGAUCACCUUUACGCUCGUCGUCCCCAAACUCUCUUAUAAGAAAAUUUAGUCCCAGUCCGACACAUGGUAGAUCUGUUUCGAUAACAAAAUCGUCCAGUCCUAGUACUGUGAAAGGACUUGGCAAACCAUCCGGGACUUCUAGCCACCAUAGUAGUCCAAGACAUUCGCCAGUUCAAAAUAGCCCUAAACACUUGACUGGCUACUCGAGUCCAAAAAACCACAGUAUCUCAUCGCCGAAACAAAGUUCUUCAGGGUCGGGCAAGCCCAGUAUGUCCGCACUUAAAUCGGCCGCUAGUGGUUCUCCCUCAGGUAAAUCAGGAACGACCGGGUUCGACCUCACAAAAAAAAUAUCUAAAGACAGUUACGGAUCCAGCUCGGUGACUUCCAGGGAUAAAGAAAAAAAACAUUCCGGUUUAUCUUUUUCUAGUUCCGGUAGGAGUAGUCCUAAGUUAAAAAACCAAAUGAAAUUGAAACAGUUGGAAAUUACUCCAGUUUCGUGUGAUAGUCCCGUAACAGAACCACUUAUAUCUCCACCAAAUGUUGAAGUUAAUAAGUCAAACGCACCGAGCCAGGCUCGCAAUAGAAAAGGUUCCCUCAGCGCUGUAAUAGACAAGCUCAAAUCCGCUCAACAUUGUGGAACUGAUUCUGAAAUAGGUAGCAAAUCUAGUAGCUCUUCUAGUAGUGCCAGUAAGUUUUCAGAUCAGAAAACGAGUACUAUGGGUAGUAGUGGGAAAAUUAGUGAAAGUAAAAAUCAAGAAUAUAUGGUGAAACCGAGCUCAGACGGCAUGAAGAUAACUAUAAACAAAACUAGGACAAAAGAUUCAUCAAGCAGUAGUUCCAAAUUAAACUACAGCAGUUCUAGUAAACAAUCGUCGCCACAGCUUACUCCACCGAGCCAGGGUUCGCCCAAAACUCACACAGGACUUAAACCAGGAGUAAUUAGUGGACCUGCAUCGAAAAAGACUCAAGCGAUGCAAUCGUCCAAAACAGGCGGCUCUUCAACAGGAAGUACACCCCCUAAAGCAAAUUUGAGCCCAUCUGAAUCUUCCGGGUCAAGUAAUCCAAAUAUGCCUAAAGUGCCUUACUCUAAAUCAUCGAGUACGAGCAGUACAGGGAUAAAUUUGUCUAAGUCUGGUUCCAAAUCUAACUCAGGCUCGCCUAAAAGCAGUAGCUCAGAUUUAGCUAAAAUAAUUAGAGACAGAGAAAGAGAAAAAGCUAGGACAAAGUUAAUGAGUAAUUCCGAGAAAUCAAUAUUUUCUUCUAAAUCUGAACGCCAUUCCAGCCCCAGCAGCUCGAGGGAUGACAUUGAUGGCGAUAGGUUUAAGUCAUCGAAAGAAUCAAAUUUUCUCGUAGAAGGCCUAAUAAAACCACUUGAUACAAGCAAAUUUCAAAUACCUAAGUUAAAAAACUUAAACACUCCGGAUAAAAACAGCCAAUCCUCUCAGUACGAUAGCCGGUCUAUGGUCAAUGAUUUUGCUCGUACAUUAGAACAGAGUAAAUACCAGUUUCCUCAUUUUGAUAACCCUAACGCCAGGACAAGUGACUCUUUACAGAAAUCAGCGUAUCCUUUAAACGUACCCAAACCACUUCUUAACAUGGGCGGUAUGAGCCCUAAAACGAUCCAACUCAAUAAGGGCGAUCAAUCGGAUCGUCCCCUAGAAUUUUCCAAAGCCAUAUCUGACAGUAUAUCCAAAGGAGCCAGUCCUCAGAGAAAUAAGGAUGACCCGAAAGACGGAUAUCCAGGAUCCUUUUCAAUGUUGCCGCUUGAUUUUAAAACAGAGCUGACAAAGGGGUUUGCCACUCCUAAAGGUAGCUCAGAGGACAGAAAAGGUGCUGACUCUUGUAUGAAGCCACCUGCGAGUGGAUCCGUCGCCCGUAGUGGCGCUACCACACCCCAAGAGGCGGCCGAGAUGUUAUUAGAUUUCUCGUCAUCAUCUGGCAAUAAAGUGUCGGGAUUGGUGGCUGUGAGACCAGUGUAUCCGUCGUCGCCUGCUCUGGCGUUGCAACUUGCCAAGAGCCCCGCACCGUCUCCGCUGGUUGCUCCCUCACCGCACUCCAACUCACCGUGCAUCACAGACGACGAACUCAUGGAUGAGGCUCACGUGGGUGCGGGCAAAUAA